UUAAAACCAACAAAAAAUAACUAAAGCAGAAACGUUUUGUGAAUAACACUGUUCGGACAUAUGGUGUUCAACGGCCGGACUGUUAUGUCGGUAGCUCAUUUGUCAGCUGGGAUUUGGCAGAGAUUACGGCGGAUCCCGCCGUCAGAUCGCAUUGGCAGCAGCGAGAUGCUUAACCUUGUCUGCUUCUUCCCUCUCCAGGAAGUGGGUCGAUUCUCUCUAUGGCUUUUGAGUUUUCUUUGUCUUCCUCCGUCAGGUUUUCUAUUUCCUGGAGCCGACGAAGAUGACGGUCGUGAUCGAGCUUUUGCUUAUGGCUCAUAUUCAGCUGUCAUCGCUACAUAUUAGAAUCACUUCGCAUUCACAUUUUUUCAUUGUUUAAAUAUCAAUCCCAGAUUCUCAGAUCAUGUUGAUGUUGGUGUGUCUAUACUUUGUAGUUCAAGUAAUAAUCUUCUUUGUGUUGAUAUAAGGUUAAAUAAAAAAGGUUGAUGUAUAUUAAUAGUUAGUAAAUCUUCAUUUUCUUUUGUUC